CUGACUUGAUUUGCCUUAGCUGUGUAUCUAACAUUUAGUCAUGAAUUCAAUGGUCGUGAUCACUCUCAUUUUAAGUACCUCAGUGGUCGUCUCCGUGGUCGAAUCGGUACGUCAUCGGGCCGACAUCGAUAUACCGAGCCGUGACCAUCUUCCAGAAUGGGGUCGUCUCAUACUCGCAUUAAACUGGCCGCCGACAGUCUGUAGUGGAUUUGGAAAGGACUGUCUUGUAUCCAAAGUAAAAAACAACUGGACCAUUCAUGGAUUAUGGCCGAACCAGGGUUCUUCAGCCAAACCAGUUAACUGCAACAACUCUUGGCAUUUCGAUCCUAAAGCAAUAAAGAAACUCCAGAAGGUUAUGAGUAAGGAAUGGACUAAUCUUAGCGGGACUUCGACAGACAUAAAGUUUUGGAAAUAUGAAUGGAUGAAACAUGGAACGUGUGCAGUCCAGCUGGCUUCCCUGAACACACAGUACAAGUACUUUGCGCGUGCUCUCAAACUCAAGUCGGAAAUAGAUGUGUACGGGAUGCUUGCUCGAGCUGAUAUCAGGCCUUCGCGGACUCUCUUCUACCCGUCAGCUUCGGUUCGGUCAGCUAUCCAGAAAGGAGUAGGUCAUAACAUAGGGAUAUACUGCACCGCUGGUGACAACUAUACUGGAAGAGACGGAGAUGAAGCGGGGAUGAGGGAGGAGGGAACGAGCGCGAAGGCCUUUAACGUAUUGGAGGAGGUUCGGAUCUGUUAUGACUUAUCCUUUAACAUCGUCGACUGCAAGAAGAUGUUCGGAUCGCAGUGUAACUUCAAAUACAAGAUACAGAUUCCACCCAAACCAUGAUCAAUUAUUUUCGAGCCAUUUUUGGACGCCUCUCUACUCUAAAAUAGAUCUGUUUGGAAAUCAGUUUCAAUUGGCUGUUUCUAUGAGAGGAAAAGUAAAUGAACGAAUGAAUAUUACACAACGACAAAGGAGAAACGCACUUUAAAGGUCCACUAAACUACUUGUAGCUACUUGCGCCCUCUAUAUAACAAACCAUGCCUAAUCG